GGGGCGCGCGGAGCUGGAGGAGGACGCGGGGCGUCCUGAGGAGACCGGAGGCCAUGCGGGCCCGCGGCGCUCGCCCGCUCGUGUCCAUUAUCCUCCCAGUCUACAAUGCUGAGCCAUGGCUGGAUGAGUGUUUGAAGUCUGUUUUGCAACAGGACUUUGAAGGUGCCAUGGAACUCUCUGUCUUUAAUGAUGCCAGUCAGGACAAGUCUAUGACUAUCAUUGAAAAAUGGAAAGAGAAGCUAGAAGAGUCUGGUAUCCUCGUGGUUGUUGGAGGGCACAGUUCUUCUUCUCCCCGGGGAGUUGGAUAUUCUAAAAAUCAAGCAAUUGCACAGAGCUCAGGGUCUUACCUUUGCUUUUUGGAUUCAGACGACGUGAUGAUGCCCCAGAGGGUGAGGUUGCAACAUGAAGCUGCUGCCCAGCACCCAACCAGUAUCAUAGGAUGCCAAGUGAGGAGAGAGCCCCCGAACUCCACUGAACGAUACACGCGUUGGGUCAACCAGCUAGCACCUGACCAGCUUCUGACGCAGGUCUUCACCUCCCACGGCCCCACGGUGAUCAUGCCCACCUGGUUCUGCUCCCGCACAUGGUUCUCCUACGUGGGCCCAUUUGAGGAGGGCGGGCAGGGGGAGCCCGAGGACCUGCUCUUCUUCUACCAGCACCUCAGGAAGGGCGGCGGGGUCGUCCGUGUGGACCAGAGCCUCCUUCUGUACCGCUACCACCCACAGGCAGUCACUCACUCCAUCCUAGAGGCGACCAUCUGGACCUACCGCGUGCGCUUCCUGGAGGAGCGGGCCCUCCCCCACUGGUCAGCAUUCACCAUCUGGAAUGCGGGCAAGCAGGGGCGCAGGCUGUACAGGAGCCUCACUGCCGCCAACCAGCGCAAGGUGGCUGCCUUCUGCGAUGUGGAUGAGAACAAGAUCAGGAAGGGCUUUUACUGCUACGAGGACUCACAGGAAAGGCCCAGGCCCCGGGUCCCCAUCCUGCAUUUUCGAGCUGCCCAGCCCCCCUUUGUCAUCUGUGUGAAGCUGGACCUCACAGGGGGCGAGUUUGAGGAGAACCUGCGGUCGCUGCACUUGCUCGAGGGCCGGGACUUCCUGCACUUCAGCUGAGGGCACGGCCCUCCAGGAUGGACCAGUGCGAGCACCCACAGGGACAAAAGCAGAGGCCGUGUUUGCCAAGAACCCUCAGUGUCUGCUGUGCAGCGGGCACACGACAUCAUCUAUAAGGUAUGCCUGCUUCAAGAACAGGCCAGUCGUCUGCAUCCCACAUCACCCUGAGACACACACUGACAGUCCCCUGCAGGUGUGGCAGAGCUGCUGGCUGCACACACGCAGCGCCGUGGGCUUGUGCAACAGGCCCGUAUGUGGAGGUGGGAGGGAGGCCUCCCACCACUCCUGCAGCUGGGGCUUAGCGGCUCCUCUGGCCUUUGUAUCAUGAUGUCCAUCUCGGCGUAGAAACGUGACUGG